CCCUCUCUCCCUCACUUCCUCCAGAGUUAGCGAGAGGGAGCAAAGUCUCUCCCUCCCUCAGUCUCUCCCUCACCACGAUGGCCGCGACUCCUCCUCUCCCAUCACUCUCCCUCCUCCUCCUCCUCUCCCUCUCCCUCCUCUCCCUGACGUGCUGGGGCCUGGCAGGCGCCUUCGAGUGCCCGCAGAAGGAGGAGGAGAUCGCGUGUUCCUCGGAGGACAAGUGCGUCAAGCUGCGUUAUGUGUGCGACGGUGAGAACGACUGCGAGGACGGCGAGGACGAGGACCCCGACCUGUGCACGGUGUUCAAGAGCCACUACGGGUGUGAGCGGGAGGAGGUGGCAUGUCGACGCGGCGGGGAGCUGGAGUGCGUCAGGCUGCAGACCUAUUGCCAGACGACCGAUCCCCCGUGUGAAGGCCCCGUCGACCCCAAGUUAUGCAAGGUGCUGAACGACAACACGAUUCAGAAGUUUUCGUCCAUUUUCAUCGCGGCGGACAAUGCUCCAGACCCCAGCUGGCGGCGCAGUGAGGAGCUGGGCGAGGACCUGGUGGCCAAGAUCAACCACACCGUCAGCCACCCUGACUGCCCCGAGAUGUUCACGCUCGUGGGCGACCAGUGCCUGUCCGUCUUCUCCGUGGGCAAGGUGAGCUGGGGCGAGGCGCGGGCCUUCUGCAGGGUGCUGGGCGGGGAUCUGUUGACCUUCAAGAGCAUCACGCACUUCACCACCGUCAUCAAUCACCUUCAGGAGCAUCAGUUGACGAGCGACUUCUGGCUAGGGGGGCGGCAGAGAGAGAAGGGGCGCGGUUGGGCUUGGCUGGACGACACCCCCAUGACGCUGGGCUCCCCCUACUGGGCCGUCAGGCGUUUCGAGGAGUGCCAGGCUCGCAACAUCACCACCGCCACCCACGGCACACGCGAAGCCAAUAGUGCCAAAUGCUACCACUACCGCCAGGCCCCGGAACAGAGCUCUCGAGGCUUCUGCGCGGCGCUCUCCUACACCCAUUACUUUUAUAUGAUCGACGAGGAUUGCCUGAUGGAUAAGAGCCCCCUGUGUGUCAGCCAGCAGCCCGGUGGUGUGAUUGGCGGCGGCGGCGGUGGUGGCAUGGCGGGUGGUGUGGGUGGUGACGUGGGGUAUUUCUAGAUUGGUGAUGAUGGGUGGUGGUUGUGGUGGUGGUGGUGGUGUGGUGGGUAGAAUAGUUGGUGGUGAUGGUGGUGAUGCGUAUGGUGUGUGUGUGUGUGUUAGUGGUGGUGUGAGGAGGUGGGUGGGGAUGGGUGUAGGAGUGGUGGUGAUGGUGAAGGUGUUUGGGUGAUGGUGAUGGUGGUGAUGAGUGUGCUAAGGGGUUAGGUAGUGGUGAUGGGUUUCUCUCCUACUACUACUACUACUAUCACUACCACUACUACUACCACAAUUACUACUGCCACUAUUACUGCUACUGCCAAACCUUCAACCAACCUCAGUCUAUCAAAUAAGAGUAAAAAAGUGCCAGAAUUUGCUUGGAUUCAAAGUUCAAAUAAUUGCAUUCUUUGUUUUUACAUUUAAAUUAGUGUUUUAGGAGACAACGCUGCCUCUGUUUGUUUGUUUGUACUAGAAUAAAGCUUUUGCACUGGUUUUGUUAAGUUA